AUGCCGAAACCUCACAAUGCACGAGUCUUUAUUGAUCCGCCAACACGUUCAGACGGCAAGAAUGGGGAGAAGAUUCUAAGGAAAAAGGGAUUGGAGAUUGUCAAGCGCGAUCAACUAAAGUAUCUCGCCUAUUUCAAAACGCUGGGUGAAGGGUUGACAGAGCAAGAAGGUACUGCGCUCGCUUGUCUACCAGCUGGAUAUGCAUUGGGCAAAAAGAGAGAUCACAAAGUGCUGACAGGACAUCCUUCAGGUCGUGAUUUUGCUUCAAGCACCAUGUUUUUGCCGCAUCUCAAAUGGCUAUUUACAUCGGGCGAAGAUCCAUGCCAAUGUAAGCUGUGCAAUGGGAGAAAAAAACGUCCUCGUCAAGAAUCCAACAAGAUCCCUGAACAUGAAGGUGAAGAACAACAACAACAACAACAAUCCAUGAAGGAGCAGCAGCAGCAGCAGCAACAGCAGCAGCGUCCAUCUUUGAUAAUGAAGGAGGAGCAUGAGAAUCAAAAAAGGCUACGACAACGACUACAACGACGACGACGACACCAACUCAAAGAUGAUGGCAUUUAUGGACCAUUACGACCCAUGGACAAAGUACUGAUCAAAAUGCCACACGAGAACGAUCUACCCAUACCCGGUUGCAUAUCCAUACCCACUUUGGUUCCUGUUCCCAACAUUGAAGAAAAACUACGUCCACAACAACGCCACUCCUAG